CUCCUUCCCUGUACUCUCUCUCUCUCUCUUUCCCCUGUAUUCUCUCUCUCUCUCUCUCCAUACCAUCACCAUCUUCGUUAACCUCCAUAGUCUCGCCACCAACAAGAUCCCCAAUGCAGCAGCAGAUGCUCACUUCUUCCAAUUCUUACCCGCCAAUUCUUCACUUGAAUCGUGCUUUGGGUCGACAAGUACAACCUAAAACCCUAGAGAAGGUUCUUGUUCACCAAGUCAUCGCUCAAAAUUUUAAGAAAUUGGUCACUGAGCAAGAUUGCCCCCAUUUAUUAUUCUAUCUGCCUCCAGGUUCCGGCAAGAAAACCCUAAUUAUGGCCCUUCUCUGGCAGAUGUUUGGGGCUAGUGCUGACAAGGUGAAAGUAGAGAACAAAAACUGGAAAGUUGAUGCUGGAAGUAGGACUAUUGAUUUGGAACUUACAACUCUAUCAAGCACCCACCAUGUGGAGCUGAACCCCGGUGAUGCCGAGUUUCAAGAUCGGUCCAUUGUUCAAGAAAUUAUUAAAGAAAUGGCAAAAAACAAACCGAUUGACACCAAAGGAAAGAAGGGUUUCAAAGUACUAUGCUCAACGAGGUUGAUAAACUUUCAAGAGAAGCACAGUCUUUAAGAAGAAAGAUGGAGAAAUAUAGUGCCUCGUUGUCACAGCCCGCUAAAAUUCAGAUCGCAAGUGUCGGGAUUCCGGAAUUUUCUACGAGCUUCAAGAGACUUCUAUGGCAGAUUUUUCCUUAGAAAAAUCUAGAUUCAAGGCUACAAAAAUAUCAAGGAGAUCUAGAGAAAUCCAUGGAAAAUAUCCAAGAUAUUUCCUUAAUCAUUCUAGAUUAGUCUUUGUAAAUAUCUUAGAUAUUAUACUUAAAAAUAUCUAGAUUAGGAAUAAUCUAGAACCAUGAGCACAAGUAUAAAUAGGUGAUCCAUGCUCAUUUGCUAAUCACCUUCAAAGUUGUAACAAAGCAUCCAUUGUAAAGAGUUCUCAAAGCAAUACAAGUGUUCCUUUCAUUCACAA